CCAUCUGCCAUCUGCCAUCUGCCUGCUCUUCCCCAGCUGCCAAUAUCCUGCACACUCGAUCACCCCUUGUUGCAAUUAUCAAGGCCGCCCACAAUUGAAUCGUCCCCACUCCCACUCCCACUCCCACUCCCAUCUGGACCUGAAGGAUGCUGAUCCCGGCGAGAAAGAGAUCGCUGUGCGAUACUCAUGGCGAACGCCACGACUACUUUUUCGGCUAUCGCUCCAGCUCCGAUCUCGACACUGCUCGAGGUCUCAAGAGACUUGUCGUGUCGGUUUUCUAUCGUCGCUACGGCGAGCAUCUCGCAGUGUUCCUGGACCGCGACUGCCUCUCUGACGCUGACAGUUGGCAAAGAGUCUUCCUUGAGGAGCUUCCAAACAGCUCGGUGGCCGUCUUCCUCAUCAGCAAGGAAUCCAUGGAUAUCAUGCAGCAGAACGUUGAGACCAACAAGGAAGACGGUGUUGUCCUCGAGAUUGAGCGUGCCCUGCAGCUGAGGGACAGCGGCUCGGAUCUCCGGAUCUUGCCACUGUCGAUCGCAACAUAUGACGGGACAUCGUACACAAUCUUCCAUCCUUACAAUUACGCCUUCCCAGCCUCCCCAAGGUUCGACAGGCUCAGGCACAUUUUCCAUCAAUUGAAGCAAAUCCAGAUGCUCACUCUCCGACCCGACCAGGCGCACAGACGGGUCUACCGCCUGCUGAACCUGCUUCGGCCAAUCUCGUCCGCCACCAAGGAUGUUCUGGACCAGCUUCUCAAGCGCCACUUUUGCGACGCCAAGUUUUUUGGCCACAUUGACCACCUCGACAGCCUCCUCGAGCAAGUCACUCGGACUGGUCGAGCAAUCAUCUCGGGACUGGGCGGUAUGGGAAAGUCGGUCCUGGCUCGGCAGUUUCUCCGCUACAUGAUGGGCACGCUCGAGGUCAGCAACCAGGAUUCGCUUGUGGAGUUCAUGGACAGCACUAUUGGAACACGGCCGCAGUACUUCAAGUUCUACUGGAUCAAUUGUGCGACCGAGGCCACCGCUCUGGACGGCCUUAUCAAGCUGUUCCCGUCCAUCAAUAUCGAGGAGAUCAAGCAGCAUGCCUCGCACUAUUUUGCCAACCAGCAUGGAUAUCUCCUCGUCCUCGACAACAUUGACGAUAUUGACGCCGUCAACUCUGUCUUUGAGCACUCCGAGACCCUUGGGUUCGGAGGCGAUGUCAUCGUCACCACUAGGCUGUCCUCGAUCAGCACUGGGGCGUUUCUCUCGGCGUUCAGGGCCAAAGUCUCGGACUUUCAGCAGCAACCCAUCCGUCUCCUUCCCUGGUCGGACGAUCUGACCUACAGCUAUAUCUUUCAAAAGUGCAAGAUUUUGUCGGAAAGAAUCACCCUCGAGACUUCUGUCACCAGACUUCGAAACAUUGUCACAAAGCUGGAAGGAAACCCUUUGACCAUUCAGUCUUUCAUGUUGUAUUAUGAGGCGGAGGAGCCUGCUCUGAACGAGCUUGGGUAUGCUUUUGAUCAAGUGUUCGAACAAAAACAUGGACCGAACGAGACACAGCGUUCGCUCAGGGUCCUCGUCUCCCUUGCUAUGGAGUUCAUUCGGAGCCACGGAGACGAAGGGCUGGCAGCGUGCAAGCUCUAUGGUGGCCUCUGUCUCCUUGGCUCUGAAGACAUUCCCUUUGACCUGAUCAAGCAAGUAGCGGGUACUUUGGGACUAGUUCCAAGAGUGAGUUCCACCUUGCGCAAACUCGUGCAAAUCGGCCUCCUUCGCCAGUCCGCCGACGAUUACUACUACACAAGUGCUCUCCAGCAGCGCGCUGCUCGAGAGUACCUUGAGGGGCGUCCGGAUCUGGAUCUCACUUCCAUCAGCGACGCCGUUGGUCGUGCCUUCGUCUCCAAGAUUCAAUUCCCAUGCGAUCGACCAACAUUUUCACUCAGUCACCAUUUUGAUCAGUAUCUGCAGCUCUCGUUUGACCACUGUCGCAAUCAUCCCUUGUCGUUCGAAGUUGAAAUUACCGCAGCCAAACUGGAUAUCGAAAGAGGCAGAUUCAAGGCUGCUUCAGAUCGACUCACCAGACUGUGCGACAUCGAGGACGAUCUCAACACCUUGGAGGCACAGCGGCGAUAUGUCAGCAUACGGCUCUAUCUUGCGCAAUCGUGCACUGAGCUAAGACAAUUUGAUUCUGCGCAUCGCGCGCUACAGGAGGCUCUGGCUUUCUUCCAAAGCCCUGUUACCUCAGACGAACGCGAGACCCAGGCACUCCUCGUUGCCCAGCAGGGACGGACCUACUUGAAAGCCGGGUGCUUCAGCGAGGCGGCUGGUGCUCUGGAGCGGUCCAUCCAGAUUAUUAGCUCAGUCCGCGACAGUUUUUACUAUCAAGAUGUUGCCAGCGCUUUGAUUCUCCUGGGCGACAUUGCAAAGGCUGAGAAACGACCCAAGGAUGCUCUGACCCACUACAACCGUGUCCUUGAAAUCGAACCCAACAUCUCCCAGAUUCACGACCAAUCCUAUCUUGCUGACAUCCAUGUCAAUAUUGCCGUCAUCUCAAGUGCCAAUAACAAGCUCGACACCGCGCACAAGCACUUCCAAAGCUCGAUAGCCGUACGUACGCAGCUUCUAGGAACCAGUGUCCAUCCCAAGGUAGCUUCGGCCCACUUGCAGUAUGCGGACUGGCUAUUUCGCAUUGGGUACUUUACCGAGGCGCUGGACAACUACAAUCGGGCUUUCGCUAUUUUCACGCAAGUAUUCGAAACAUGCUGUCUCCCCGAGACAGCAUAUAUUUGUUCUAGAAGAUCGCUGGUGCUCAUGAAGUCCGGUGCCCCGAAAAGCGCAAUCGACGCGAUCCAAGAGGCACUCAAGUUGGCCCAAAAGGUAUAUGGCCCUUCGUUGCGUGACGCUGAAAUCGACACCCUGAAAUCCGAUGCCAGGAAUGCUCUCUCCAGCCUCGGCGGCUCGUUUGAGGCAGCGUUUAAAUCGUACUUGGAAGCAUUUCUCCUCUACCCGAACGUCUGCGGACACACGGAAGCAAGUGACGACACAGCACAGCUUUGAUGCGCAUGGAGCCGAACGACCUGAACUCUCAGCAACCACACGGCAGUGCAGCGAUGCGAGAUCAUGAGACCGGAGUGCCUAUGUCGAGCAAUGUCUGUGUCGAAAAACAAUUCCACGGAGAGGAACUCAGUCAAGAUGAUUUAAAGAGCUUCAAGAACGUCCGGAGCCCCCAUCAAACACCAAGCAUACUGCUUCCCUCACUCAUCGUGCUCGUUCUCUGCAUCAUCCUCGCAUUCAUCCGAUCUUGAGCAAGCGGUACUAUAUUGAACGAUAAUUGAUGCUUGCAAAUACACAACGUUCUCCAACCUCGUGAAGCAUUGCGUUAGAGCAGCGCUUGGAGCAGCAACUCUUUGGCUGCCGU